AUGGCAGAAAAUAACGUUGUAACUAAUAACAAUGGUACAAUAUACAAGGUUUCUGGUCCAUUGGUUAUUGCCAAGGAUAUGCCAGGAACUAAGAUGUUUGAGCUUGUCCACGUGGGACAUGACAAUAUGAUUGGUGAAAUUAUCCAAAUCGACGGAAACUCAGUGUUUAUUCAGGUGUACGAGGGAACAUCUGGUCUGCGUGUUGGAGAUCCUGUUAAGAAUACUGGGAAACCGUUAUCAGUGGAAUUGGGUCCAGGAUUGUUAGAUGCUGUAUUUGAUGGCACACAGAGACCGUUGAUGAGAAUACAUGAUAUAUUCAAAAAGCACUAUGUACCAGUAGGGGUCAACUUACCAGCUCUGGAUAGAGAAAAGCUAUGGCCAUAUGUUCCUUCAUCUUCUCUGAAAGUUGGAGAUCUCAUAACUGGAGGGGAUAUAUUCGGAACGGUAUAUGAGAGUGAAAUAUUUCCGGAACAUAAUAUAAUGCUCCCUCCAAACUUGAGCGGCAAAAUCACAUUUAUGGCCCCAGCUGGUAACUAUACAAUAGAGGAAAAGCUAUUAGAGAUUGAAUAUUUGGGGAAAGCUAUCCCUUGUUCCAUGUAUCAGAUAUGGCCCGUCAGGCAACCUCGCCCAAUUUUAAAGAAAGUGCAAGGAUCUGAGCCUCUGCUAACUGGUCAACGUGUUUUGGACUCACUAUUUCCAUCUGUAAAGGGGGGUACAUGUGCUAUCCCAGGGGCAUUUGGUUGUGGGAAAACCUGUAUAUCACAUGCUCUUGCCAAGUACAGUAACACAAACGUUACAAUAUAUGUUGGCUGUGGAGAGCGUGGUAACGAGAUUGCGGAGGUAUUAAAAGAGUUCCCUCACCUCAAGACAAAUGUUAACGGGAAGAUGGUACCAAUUAUGGGACGUACUUGUCUAGUUGCAAACACUUCGAACAUGCCUGUGGCUGCCAGAGAGGCUAGUAUUUAUACUGGAAUUACAAUUGCGGAAUACUUCCGAGAUAUGGGCUAUCAUGCUUGUAUGAUGGCUGAUUCAACCAGUAGAUGGGCCGAAGCUCUGAGAGAAAUCUCUGGGAGACUUGCUGAAAUGCCUGCAGAUUCAGGAUAUCCCGCAUACCUUUCUUCAAGACUCUCUGCAUUCUAUGAACGAGCUGGUGUAGUUCAAUGUUUAGGUUCAUCCGAUAGAACCGGAUCCGUUACUAUUGUUGGAGCUAUAUCUCCUCCUGGUGGUGACUUUUCUGAUCCAGUGACUGCAGCCACCAUGUCUAUAGUCCAUGUCUUCUGGGGACUCGAUAAAAAGUUGGCACAACGUAAGCACUUUCCAUCGGUAAAUUGGUCAACAUCGUUCACAAAAUACGACAAGCAACUGGAGUCUUACUUCGAGGAAACAAAUCAAAGAUUCAUGCAGUUGGUAAAGGGAAUAAAGACCAUACUACAAAAAGAGUCUGAAUUGUCUGAAAUCGUACAACUUGUUGGAAGAGAUUCUCUCUCUGAAGAUCAAAAGCUCUGCCUUGAAGUUGCAAAAAUCAUACGUGAAGAUUUUCUGCAACAAAAUUCCUUCACAGAUUAUGAUUACAAAUGUCCAUUAUACAAGACAUUUGGAAUGAUGAAUACAAUUGUAACAUUUUAUAAUGAAAGUUUGAAGAUUAUAACAGAAACUAAUAAAAAGGGCCAAACGGUUGGCUGGGGAACCAUUUAUAAUUCCAUGAGGAAAUCAAUCAAUAAAAUAACUCGUUUAAAGUUUAUCGAUCCCGAUACUCCUGAAGAAGAGUUUGCUACAAUCUUCAAAGAAUUGGAUGACGAAAUCACAAAUGGAUUACGCUCCUUAGUUGAUAUGUAA